UCCGCGUAAAUACAGUUACGGUAUCAACGCUGUGACAGUUCCGUAAAGACAACGCCGAAUAGCUCCGAUCGACAUUGGUUGGACCCGACCCGUAUGUGAUAACGAUCUUUGGCGGGUAAACCACACCCACACUUUCUCUCUACCUUCUUCGUGUUCCUUCUGCAACAAAUAACAAUCGGUCUUCAUCACACGCCAUAUCAAAGAUUCAGUCUAUAUCUACAUUCUUGAUCCAUCUAAACCCUAAAUUUUGAUCUAACAAAACCCUAAUCUGAAACAUGCAUCACCAAAACGAGAUGAAUUAUCCUUCAUCAUCAUCGUCGUAUUACGAUUACUACCAAUCUGACACCCAAAACCCUACUCCUAAUCCCCCAUGCGAUCAUUUCCCUUCUACAACCAACGCAUCAGCCCCUCCAGAUCCUUCAAUUUACUAUUCUCCCGAUUACUACACUAAUCACCCCUCUACUCAGUACCCUAACGAUCAUCAGAAUGGAACGUUUCAGAGUUUUGAUUCGAGUAAUCCUAGUUACGAUCCGAACUCGAUACCUUCUUGGUAUUACCAUCAAUCGUAUGAUCAGAAUCAGAAUCAGAAUCAGGCGGCUGUGGAGUUCGGAGGUGCUUCAGUUGACGAAAGUGUGUAUGCGUACACCGGAGGAAAUAGUGGUAGGCAGGCGGGGUCCUCUAAGGUGCCGGCGGUUAGGUUUGAUGAUUAUGGGAGACCUAUCGGUGUUCCUGAUGGUGGCAAGACUGAGCAGAUUGUAAUUGAGGCACUGGAAAAUGAGAAAGUAAUUGAAGGUGUCUAUGCUUACAAUGGAGGUAAUAACGGCAGGAAAGAUCAGUCGUCUUCUAGGUUGCCUGCACUGAGAUUUGAUGAUUACGGAAGACCUAUAACUUUUGGUACUGAUGGCGGGAAUACGCAGAGGAGUUCAAUUUCAUCAUUGGAUGAUGCGAAGAUUGUAAAAGCUACACCAAAAGUCCAGGUUAAUGAAGAUUUGAAAAGCGGAGUACAGAAAUUCCGUGUAAUUCUUCUCUCUGAAGGGGGUGGAGUUCAGGGAGACAUGGAUGUGCUAUGUCAGAUUGGUUUAGAUGGUAUUCGGAUGCUUGAUCCUGCAACAAAUCGAACACUGAAACUCUAUUCCCUUGAAACUGUAACAAAAUGGGAGGUAAUGGAUUCAAACGUAUUUGCUUUCUGGACCAAAAGCUCCAUUGAUGUUGAUGAAAGACGUGUUAGACUAAAGUCAAACAGUUACACCACAACCAAUAUUCUUGACAUGGUAGCUGCUGCAAGCAUUCAGCUCAAGGAGAUGGAAGAAGUAACAAUCUCUGAACAACCAACUGAGAAGAAGAAAGUCUUCCCUGAUUGGAAAAACUUGAUUAAGCCUGGAAAUGAAGAAAAAGAUCACUGGGUUCCAGAUGAAGCAUCUACUAAAUGCACAACUUGUAAAACAUAUUUUGGAGCUUUUGUUCGAAGGCAUCACUGUAGAAAUUGUGGUGAUAUUUUUUGUGAUAAGUGUACUCAAGGUAGAAUUGCUCUUACAACAGAGGAAAAUGCUCAACAAGUUCGAGUUUGUGACCAAUGCAUGGCUGAAGUGACUCAGAGGCUGAGUCAUGUGAAUGAGGUGGCAGGUAGAGGUUCUUCUGGGUUUAAUAGGCAUGAAGAUCUUGCAAAAAAACUUGAGGAGGAGAUGGAAAAGAAGGUUAGAAUUACAGAAUCAAAAUCCAAUGUGAAAGAGGUUGAAUGUCCAACUUGCACAGUGCAUUUGCAGGUUGAGGUUCCGAUUACGGGUUCAAAAACCAUAGAAUGCAGUGUGUGUCAGCAUCCUUUCCUUGUGAAUGCACGUUGAUGAUUGAUCAUUUUUUUUUUGAAUAUUUGUUGUUGUUGGUGAUAGAAAAUUAGACUUUAUAAAUUGGUUAUAAUUUCUGAUGAUGUAUUGGUGUGAAUAAUAACAAAUUUGUUUCACUUACACAA